AUGCGUCCUCCAGCCCAGACCGUCGAUCAUCAUCACACCUUGAUACGAGGGAAGCUCCCAGCUGAACACCACCUGUUCAAGGGUACCACUAUCAAGGACAACAAUCUACCCCUGUUGAAAUCCCCAACGGACCAGCAGCCCUUGUUAAGCCAAGACUCAUCGCCAUCAAUAUCUACUCAAUCACAAUCACAAUCUCCAUCCCCAUCGCCCAAUCUCUCCUUCAUAGACAAAUAUGGCCGUUAUCGCCAGAUGGUACACUAUGGCUCGAACAGCACGACCCGUCUCCAUGAAAGCAAAGUAAACAAAGCAAGCGAUAAUCAACUCGUCGCGAUCAAAGUAUACCGACGCUCUAUUCUCAGAGGGGCCCCAAGCUCUUCCCACACAACAUCCCUCCAUCCAAGUCACCCCAACAUCCUCCCAAUCCUAGACAUCCUCCACAACGAACGCUCCGAGCUCUGCCUGGUAAUGCCAUACUGCGCCGGCGGCGACCUACACACUCUCCUAUCCCGCAAAGGGGCCCUCCCAACCCAAGAAGCGGACUGUAUCAUAACCCAGAUUCUGCGCGCACUUGCCUCCCUACACGAUCAUGACACGGCACAUCGUGAUGUCCGUCUUGAGACUGUGCUGCUCACUGCCAAUGGAGCCGUGAAGCUAGCCGGGUUUGGGGAUGGACAUAUCCGGCGGAUGUGGGAGGAGUCUGCUGAGGCCGGGGCAGGAGGAAUACUUCCCCCGCGACCACAGCCAUCAACACAUGGUGCAUGGUCGUUCACUUUACCAUGGCCGCUGAAUUCAUUAUGUCGUCAAAGUUCUGAGUCUUCUAGCAAUGGUAGCCAGGCCGUCAUUGCGAACUCACCCACCGCUUCCUUUGUGGGUAUGAGACUCCCGUAUAUUCCCCCGGAAGAAUUCGAACUUCAUGUUCAAUCCCAGUGUCGUGAUGAACACGACAACCGUGGUGAUUGUGAUUCCCGUCCCGCUGAUGUAUGGGCCACUGCUAUGGUUUACAUGGCGCUCGUCACCGACCGGAUUUUGUGGCGUAGUGCGCGUCCUAAUCAGGAGGAUGCACGGUAUCUAGAGUACCUCCAUUCUCGUAGGGGAGAGGAUGGAUACCCGCCACUUGAGGCUCUGGGGCAGGUAUGUUAUAGUAUAAUUUUGGAGGGCUGGGGUGCAGAAAACAAGUCACUAAUAUUCGGUCUCUAG